UCUCCUCACCGUCGCCUGCGGAGACAUCAACCGGUUUCCUUCCUCCCGUGGACGCGCAUUCGUGUCUCCGCGCUAUUCCAAACUAACGUGAUAUAUUAGCCGGCAUUCUCGGCCGUGUAUAUAUAUAUAUAUAUAUUUUUUUUUAUCAUCAUCGUUGUCGUCAUGGAGAAAUUCCUCGGAAAGUACGAGAACACGAAGAACGAGCUGUUCGACGAAUACUUGGCGUAUAAAAAGGUAUGGCCGUUCCUGAAGCAGGUUGCCAAGGCAACGACCACAUACAUGGAGCUACUGGAGAUAGGGCCCGAACAGUACCAGUCCAAAACCUACGUUAUAUUCCAGAGCUUUGUCAACUUAAAGUUUCAUAUGGGGGAGACGGUUGAAUCGAAAAGCCCUAUGGGUCAGAAGCUGAGCAACAUCUACACGCUUGAGAAUGGCAAUCUGAUACUGAAAGUGACAGAACCAGAAAAUGACAACCUAGAGGAUGUCUACGUGCAUGAGAUGAUUGAUGAAGACACCCUCCUGCUACACAUGCCAGCUGGGGAAGGACUGGUCUGCAAGCGUUGGUUUGUCAAGUGUAAGAAGAAGUGAUGGGAGAGCACGACGACAGCUGCCUUCACAUAAACGCUUCCACGUUAGUCCAUUAGCCAGGCUCUCCCAGUCUCGACUCAGUCAAGGAACGCACCACUCUCACGCGUUAUCUCGCUUUCUUUCUCUCCCUCUCUCUCACUCACUCUU